AUGAAAGAAAAUACAUAUGUUAGUGUGACCAUUCUCUUAGCAUGUCUAAUUCUAGCCCUUGGAGGAAAAGAAGUUAAGUGUAUAAGAGGAGACAAAAAUACUAGCGGGGUCCCUUUGAAUCAAAAAGUCAAUACUACUAUUGUGGUUGACAAAGGAGAUGUCUAUGACUGCAUCGAUGUGAACCUACAACCAGCCUUUAGCCAUCCACUACUGAAACACCACAAAAUGCAGAUGGAACCAAGCUCUUUCCCACAGAGUAUUCCUACCAAAUCCCCGUCGAUUCAUGACAGGCCACCAGCCCAAUUGUCUUUGAUUGAGUGCCCUACAGGAACGAUUCCAAUAUUGCGCAACAACAGAAGGGUCCACAAGCUAGUACAAGCUAUUGACAAAGUGAUUAGCAAGAAUGAACAACAGGAGAUUGCAGGAUUCGAGUAUCUAGAUGUGCUAUACGGAACGCGGGCUAAAAUAACUAUCUAUGAACCUAAGGUGAAGAAUGAUAGUAAGGAUCUAAGUGCAUCAUGGAUACAAAUUAAUGGGAGACAAAGAGUAGGACUUGCAGAUGGGAUAGGUGUUGGUUCUUGGGUAUAUCCAAGCUACAGUGGUGACAGCCUUGCUAGGUUUCACGUUGCUUGGGUUGAUGGCUUAAAGAACACAAUUUGCCCUGAUCAUGAUUGUGGCGCUUUUGUACAAGUUAGCUCAAGUGUUGGUCUAGGAGGAAGACUUAAACCAAUUUCUAUCUAUAGAGGACCACAAUACAUCAUAGAUGUUUCCAUUUUCAAGGACCCGGUGAGUAAAAAUUGGUGGGUGUCUUACGGUGAACGAAACAUACAUAUUGGAUAUUGGCCAAAGGAAAUUUUCCAUUUCAUGAAGGAUCAAUGUAAUUCUGCAUUAUGGGGUGGGUAUGUUCAAGGUUCAACAGCCUCAUCAGACUCUCCGCAGAUGGGUAGUGGUCAUUUUGCUUCUGAAGAACGUGGAAAAGCAGCAGUUGUAAGAAAUAUCCUAAUUGUAGAUAAUAAAAACAAGUAUGCUAAUCCAGAUGCCCGGAAAGCUCGUCUUGUCGUCACCAGUUCAUCAAAAUAUACUGCGAAGGCUUAUGGUUACAGAUAUAAUGACUAUGGUGUGCACACUUACUAUGGUGGACCUGGUGCUUUUGUUUAA